AUGGCAAACGACUUCGCCUCGGCCAUGACCACCCGGUCGCUCCGCAUGGUCCGCACCGAGCUGGAAUUCCUAGCAGACUCCUCCGUGAUCUCCCGCCAACAGCUCAACUCCAUCCUCUCACAACUUCCCGACGAGUCCGAUGCUCGCUCCGCGCCCCGACGACAGAUCACACCGGUGACAUCCACACCAUCACCCCUACCGGAACCCGUCCAGGCCCAGCCUGCCCCGGCACCCUACGAUCCUCCUGUUCCCCAAAUGCAAAAUGUCUCCUUGAACGAGAAAGCCCAGAUGCACAACCAAUAUGCGUCCCCGCCUCCUCAGAUGGCCCCGCCCGCAUACCCUCAAGUGCCCCCGAUUCGGUCUCUCGCCGAGGCCUUGUAUGCAUACACACCUACCGAUGCCGGCGAUCUUGCAUUGCAACCCCAUGAUCGUAUCCAGGUUAUCGAGCAUAUGAAUGAUGACUGGUGGCGUGGUCGCAACGAGCGCACUGGUAUGGAGGGCAUCUUCCCUCGCAGCUACGUAAAUGUUAUCCCAGAAAAGGGAGGUGCAGUUCCCCCACCUACCAACUAUGGAAACAUGCCUUUGGACGUUAGUCAGGGGGGACCUUCAGCUCCUGAGUCCAACGACCCGAACCAGAAGAGCAAAUUUGAGCAAGGAGGCAAGAAAUUUGGCAAGAAGCUGGGUAAUGCUGCAAUCUUUGGUGCCGGUGCUACUGUUGGAUCCAACAUCGUGAACAGCAUCUUCUAA